UGGCUAUUAGAUAUAGUGGACAAAAUUUUUCACAAAGAGACCUUCAUUAAAUUGGCGCCUAUUCUGUAAGCAAGGUCGACAAUAACUCGAAAUAUUGAGAACAUAUGACUCUAGAUGAACGCUUCCAAAAACUUGGAACCCUUCUCAAAGGUUUCAAAAUCACUGAUUCAUCAUUGUUGUCUUAUGGUACUGCCGGGUUUCGUCUUCCCGCUGAUAAACUAGGCGGUGUAGCGAUUCGAUUAGGAAUAUUGGCAUGCAUCAGAUCAUUAAACUUGCAAUGUAGGGCAGUGGGUAUAAUGAUAACUGCUUCUCACAACCCACCAUGCGACAACGGAAUGAAGCUAGUUGAUCCUCAUGGGGGUAUGUUGGAUGCUGAAUGGGAACCAGUUGUAGUCAGUUUUAUGAGUUGUAGCGAUGAAUCUGUCUCUAAAUGGCUAUCAGAACAUUGCUGCAAUUUCCAAGAUGAUCAACUACCCCAUGUUGUUUUGGGCUUCGACACUCGUGAAAGUUCUCCAGCUUUAGCAAAUGAAGUUAAUCAAGGUGUUAGUGUUAUGCAUGGCAUCUGCCAUGAACUUGGACUAGUGACCACUCCGCAACUUCACUAUUUUGUUCAAUAUAUUAAUUCAAUUGGUAGCCCAUGUUCCAACCAACUUGUUGAUUUAGAAACUAUUUACGUUCAUCAUUUUGCUGAACGUUUCACCACCGCGUUAGAAAAUUUACAAAGUUGUACUGAAUCAAUACAUUUAAAUAUAGAUUGUGCACAUGGUGUUGGUUCUAAAGUUUUAGAACGUUUUCGUGCAUAUUUUUCAUCUGUCAAAGGCCCACGUAGAUUAAUAUUACACUUAUAUAAUACAGAGACAGAGAAAAAAGAGUUACUUAAUCAAAAUUGUGGAGCUGAUUUUGUUAAAAUAACACUAAAUGCACCAAAGUUAACCCCACCGAAUGAACAGUCUAUCAUGUAUCCAGAUCGAUGGGCAACAAUUGAUGGAGAUGCUGAUAGAUUAAUCUAUUUUCGACCAAUUUUUACACAUUGUUCAUCAUCUUCAGAUAAUAGGUUAAAUAAUGACAUGAAAGAAUUACAUCUAACUGGGGCUGUAGCUCAACAAGUUGAACUUCUGGAUGGUGAUCGUAUAUCAUGUCUUUUUGCUCAUUUUCUUGUUAAAGUUCUCAAGUCAGUAUCUUCCGAUCGUAAUUUAACUAUCGGAGUCAUACAGACAGCUUAUGCAAAUUCUGCGUCUACACGUUAUUUAACUGAACAUCUUCAUGUAUCAGUAGUUUGUGUUCCAACUGGAGUAAAACAUUUGCAUCAUGCAGCGCAAAGUUUUGAUUUUGGGAUUUAUUUUGAGGCUAAUGGACAUGGAACUGUAUUAUUUUCCAAACAUAUUUUAAAUUUUGCAAAAAAUCUAAAUGUGAACAAUCCACUUCGUACAUUUAUUGAUUUAACUAACACUUCAAUUGGUGAUGCUAUAACUGAUAUUCUCUUGGUGGAAUAUACAUUAGCUUGGUUAAAUUGGUCAUUUAUUAAUUGGUUUUCAAUGUAUGAUGAUUUACCAUCGAAACAAUUAAAAGUUACUGUAGCUAAACGUGAUCUUAUACAAGUUACAUGGGAUGAAAGACGUGUAACAAGUCCAAUUGAACUACAAAUUGCUAUCGAUGAAGCUGUUCAACAAGCUGAUAAAUUAGUUGAUAAAAUUGGUAUAUCACGUGCAUUUGUUCGUCCUUCAGGCACAGAAGACACUGUACGUAUUUAUGCUGAAUCGUAUACACAUGAAGCAACUGAUUGGUUAUCCGCAACAAUCGCUUUAAUAACUUAUAGAUUAGCCGGUGGAAUAGGUCCUCAGCCUACACCUCCUAAACCUCUUCAUUCCAUUUGUAAUUGAUUCAUCAACUAUUUUUAAUCGUAAUUACUGUGAAUUAAUGUGCUGAUCGGUGCUCUUUCUUUCCUCCUUUUGUUCUGUCUUGAUUUAUUUAUUCAUAUUUAGUUAUUUUGAUGUAUUUUGUUAUUACUUGUAAUCUUGUGAAAUUAUAACUUUCGUCUCUUUACUGUUUUUUUUUCCUAUGUUCUCCUCUCGAUUAUAUCUGAUGGUAAUUAUUAAGUAGUUAAUUUAUAUAAUGUUAUUUCAUGAAAUAAUGUGUAUUACAAUGUGAUAUAGAAUAUUUACAAUAAAUUAAUUUCAUACAGAACAAAUGUUAUUAAUAAUAAUGUCUUAUUUUUAAUUUUGUUUUAGAAAGAGAAGACUAUGUUUUAGAUGGUUGGAGGUAGUUGACAGGAAACUCUAGAUCUAGGUCUCAUACUAUUUGACACUCGUCAAUGGGUUAUACUCAUAGUUAUGAAAGAAGUGCUCACAACAGAUUUUGUCCCAUGUCAUGUAGCUCCACAGUUAGAGACGCUACCAUUAAGCUGCCCAGGUCACGACUGACCUGUAGGAUUAUAAUAUUUACAACUGAUUUAGCAAUAAGUAGUGACCAAUGUAAUAUUUAUCUAGUUCCUUAUAAUCCUGACCGGUUCCUGCUAUUCAAGUUGCAACUUGACAAACAUGAUAUUCGUUACCGCUCAGUUGUCAAUCAAUUAUAUGAGACUGUGUGUUUGUGAAAAUUUAAUUAAUAAUAGUGAUUGCUUCAAUUUUCUGAGUUCUAAGUUCUUUACGUAUUGACUCAACUUUAUCAGUGGAAAAUCUUUGUUCAUAUCAUUGUUCUUUUCGCAAUCAUAUUUUUCUGUUAUUUUAGGGAACAUGAUUAAAAAUAUUGUUUGCUUGUGAUCUAUUCGGUAAAUUAUAUAUAUAUAUAUAUAUAUAUAUAUAUAUAUAUAUAUCACGGGUUGUGUUCUUCGCGAAUUAAUCCCAGCUGGGGUAACAUUGAAAAAUAGGGAGCACUGGACAGCUAUAUCCCACUGUGAAACUCCUUAGAAUUGCCCACCCGCUUUCCUGUACAUGGAUAAAUAUGUGUAUAUUACGACGGUUGCAAUCUCCCUAAUUUUCUCACCAUGGAUGGAUUUGGAAACUAGGUUGAUAGUAAUGGUCCUAGAGACCUGAGAGUAUGAUCACGGAACUCCAAGAACAACUAAUUGAGUUAGGUCUCACAUAGUGUUUUGGAUGCGAUCGCGC